AUGGAUUUCGAAGAAGCCCUCCGAGUCAUCAGAGUGGAUGACUCCCACUUCGUGGGCGCCCAUCCCUUGCGCUUGCCAAUUGCUGGUGCCAGAGGAGUGUUUGGCGGAAACACAAUUGGCCAGACGUUGUUGGUGGCCAUUGAGUCAACCAAGCACCACACAGACGGCUACUUGUGGACGCCCACAGCGUUUCAUCUUUAUUUUAUCCGAGCUGGUGAUGCUCGCGUGCCCAUGGAAUACAAAGUAGAUCUGUUUGAGGGUAAAAAUGGCACCAUCUACCGGUCGAUCGUGGCUCUCCAGCACGGCAAGGUGCGUGCCACUGCCAGCUGCACGUUCGUGCGGCUGGGACUGAAGUUGGAGGACCACGGAGGACCUGCUCCUCCUCCAUUACUGCUCAAGUAUCCCGAUCCUUCCCAGUUGUACCAGACACACCACACCAGCUACAUCCGCAGUGCAUACUCGGACGAGUUCUUGGACUAUCGCUUGACACCCGAGGAGGAGGCAUUGCCUGCAGCAGACCGCAAAAUCACCUACCAGCAGCUGGUGAAGAAUCCGGUGUACAAUUUCGUGGGCAUGGGAGUCAUCUCCGACAGCUUGUUAUUGACCACGCUUCCACGGAUCCUUCAUCUUCCCUGGAAUCCUACUGAGAACCGUGCAGUGGACGAGUACGACGCAGGACGGGACUCGCGGAUCCUCAUGAAGCACUCGAUGAACAUCAUCCACCUUUAUCACUACAACGCUAUGUCCCUCGAUCACCACAUGUACUUCCACACUGACGUGAUGGGGAACGGGUUCGACGUGGUGAAGGACUGGCUCUGCUUCCACUACCAGGUCAAGCGGCAUGCCAACAGCCGUACGCUCAUCCGGGGCCACUUCUUCAACAAGGACAACCAGGCGGUGGCCACCGUGGUGCAGGAGGGCUUGACGUACUUGUUCAAGGGUUUUGCGGACAAUGCGAAGCUCUAG